CUGCUGCUGCUGCACCUGGUGGCUUCAGCCGCUCUGGGAUGUGCAGCAAACGCCUCCUCUUGAACUCCGCUACUUCUCCCGCCCUCUCUACAGGUCCUCUUCGGCGGCCAGCGGCUUCCCGCCUCGGCUUCUACUGGUACAGCUCCGAGACCUGCUUCCUGGACAAGGAUGCCCGCCUUAAGAAGUGGGAUCGCAUUUGAGAAGGCAUGGCUUGUCAUCUGUUUUGCGUCUGAAGCUUUUUUAUCGUAUCAGUGAUCUCUUCCAUAAACUCUGAAGUAUCUGAACAUUGGAGACUUGCAGGCACAAUUUCUUCUUUGAAAGCACGUUUAAAGUAGAUGUACCAGAUCUUCUGGAUGAGCAAAAGGAUAAAAAGACUAAAGAAGUCCUGAAGAUUGAUGGAGGGCCAUGCUAUUCAAACAGCAGGUGUUGCUGAGACAGAAGCUCCUUGUGCUAGGCAGCCUUGCUAUUGGAAGUCUCCUAUAUCUAGUUGCCAGAGUUGGGAGCUUGGAUAGGCUGCAGCCCAUUUGCCCUAUUGAUGGUCGUUUUGGACUCCAUGGCCAAGAUGAAAUUCCAGUCCGAGCUCUUCAGUUUAAACGUGGGUUGUUACAUGAGUUCCGGAAGGGCAAUGCCAGCAAGGAGCAAAUUCGACUGCACAGUUUGGUCCAACAAAUCCCAAAGGCCAUAAUAAUAGGAGUGAGGAAAGGAGGCACACGAGCACUAUUGGAAAUGCUGAAUCUCCACCCAGCAGUGGUCAAAGCUUCUCAAGAAAUCCAUUUCUUUGAUAAUGAUGAGAACUAUGCCAAGGGCAUUGAAUGGUACAGGAAAAAAAUGCCAUUUUCUUACCCUCAUCAAAUAACAAUUGAGAAAAGUCCUGCAUACUUUAUCACGGAGGAGGUACCUGAAAGGAUAUAUAAAAUGAACUCAUCCAUCAAAUUACUGAUCAUUGUCAGGGAACCCACAACAAGAGCUAUUUCUGAUUAUACUCAGGUGCUGGAGGGGAAGGAGCGGAAGAAUAAAACCUACUACAAAUUUGAGAAGCUGGCCAUUGAUUCAAAUACCUGUGAAGUCAACACUAAAUACAAGGCAGUAAGAACCAGCAUCUACACAAAACACCUGGAGAGGUGGUUAAAAUAUUUUCCCAUUGAACAGUUUCAUAUUGUUGAUGGUGAUCGUCUCAUUACAGAACCACUGCCAGAACUCCAGCUGGUAGAGAAGUUCUUAAAUCUUCCUCCAAGGAUAAGUCAAUAUAAUUUAUAUUUCAAUGCCACCAGAGGGUUUUACUGCUUGCGAUUUAACAUUGUCUUUAACAAGUGCCUGGCGGGAAGCAAGGGACGCAUCCAUCCAGAGGUGGAUUCCUCUGUCAUUACCAAAUUGCGCAAGUUCUUUCACCCUUUUAAUCAGAAAUUUUACCAGAUCACAGGGAGGACAUUUAACUGGCCCUAAAGUAAAUUUCAUACAACACUGUGUGUUGCACUCAGAGAUAUGCAACCGUGUCUCUAUUAGAGUAAAAAUAUGCACUUUUCAUAUACACAGCUAUCAAAGUAACCCCUUUUUCAUGCAUACUUGUACAUAUGCAGUGUGUGACCAAAUAUAAGACGGGAUCAAUUUUUCUGCAGAGCAGUGAAUAACAAAAUUUACUCUCUGCAUAACUGCGUCAUUUUAUGCUAUACUGUUAAAUGAGAAGAUGUCAUUUAAAGAAAGUAACUCAGCUUUUCAGUUCAAAGGGUCAGUACUCUGCUCUGUAAAAUAUCACUAUCAAAUAUAAUUAGAGAAAAGGCUGUUUAGAAUUCACUGCAAAAAUUAAAUUAGGCUAUUAUGGAUACACAUUGUGAGAAGAAUACUGACCCUUUAAAUGUGUAAAGCUACACUUCAGACUUAUACUGGUUGUCCUUUUCUUUCCGGAGAAUGCUGGGAACUGGAUUCAUGCUGUGGUCUCUGAAUGGACAAUUUUAAGCACUGUCACUGUCCUAGGAUUCUUAGAAUGAUGGUGACAGUUAAAAUGCUAUAAAGCCAGGGCUUUUUUUCAGCUGGAACGCGGUGGAAUGGAGUUCUGGAACCUCUUGAAAAUGGUCACAUGGCUGGUGGCCAUUUUCUCCGAGGGCAACACACUGAGUUCUACCACCUCUUUUCCCAGAAAAAAAGCCCUGUAUAAAGCCAAUAUAAGUUGGAAAUGUAGAUUUAUCCUAAGUAUGAUGCUGAGUUGUUCUGUUGGAACUCUUCCUACUUUUUGAAGAGAAAUUAUCUCAUGCAAUCAACAUUGUUUCAAAUUUCCUGUGGUGAGUUUGCACUAUUGUUUUUAUUGUAUAGAUCAUCUUGGCACUUGUAGCAUGUCAAUCAUAUGUCAAAAAGAAAGUCAUUUUUUUCCUUAUGCUUGUAUGUUGACAAAGAGAAACCUGCUGUAUAUAAUGUAUAUUGUUUGUAAAUACUGGUUUCACUAAGUAAUUCUAUUUUGUAAACUGAA